AUGUCCAAAAUUCUAGAUGACGUGGCGGCAGUUUACUAUCCGAUAUACUUCACAAGUUGCUCAAUUCUCCACAUUCUAUUAUUCUACCUAAUAUUUAAUAAAACUUCGAAAGUUUUGAGAACGAUGAGAUAUUUCUUGUAUCCGUCGAACUUUUUCAACUACGUUUUAGCGGCGUUCACCUUUUUCCUGCAGUUUAGGACAGUCCAUAACACCCGUUCUCUGGCGAUAAUGUGUCAGGGUCCGUGUAAAUAUUUUGGAGCCGUUUGGUGUUUUAAUGGGUAUAUUUUUAUACUGUCUGUGGCAACUGCCGGCGGAGUACUAAACAUUCAUACUUUGUACUAUAGGAUGAUUACUAUAAAAUAUCAUGAUAAUAUGAAAUUUCGAAUUUUCAUCUUCGGACUCUGGUAUUUGUUCCCUAUUGCGAUUAUUGUCCUCUCCUACAUUCCCCCAAUCGACCUGGACUCUGUGUACCUCGAGACAUUACAAGCUCACCCGGACUAUAAUUUUGAGCCCUAUAGAAAAUUCGGCGGAUUUGCGAAUUCUCACAGUAUUUUCAUGACGCUCGUCACUUUUACACUGGUUCUGCUGACCAUUGUCGCGCCGACGCUUGGCUAUUCUUGGAGACGGCAAACGCUAAAAGUUUUGGACCGGAAUAUAAAUUCGCUUUCCGCACAAAGUGUGACACAGUUCAGAGCACUGGUCCAUGGCCUCGGACUGCAAAUUAUGCUCCCGCUGUUUUGUUAUGUUCCUGUUGGGUUUUUCUACAUUUUCAAUAAAUAUGUUGGAACUCAAAUUCUCAUCUCCCAAUACACUGUAUGCUUUAUGAUAACUUUACCAGCCCUAUUCGACCCGAUUCUACAAAUUUAUUUUAUAGUCCCAUAUCGCAGAGCCGCCAAGCGAAUUCUGACCUGCUCAAGGUCGGAGAGAAUUGAGAAUAAUGAAAAUUCACUUCGUCGAAACACGGUGACAUUGUGGAAUGGGAGAAAGACUUCUAGUCCUAACCAAAUGCAAAAUUUGACCUGA